AAUUUACUUUUUAGGGCCAUAAAACAUCGCUCGCACUUGCCCGGUCACAUUUAAAGAGCGACGAUACCAAGCGAAGUACGGAGAAAGAUACGAACGCGAUUUGCGGACACGAGGCUAUUUUCCAUACUCGAUUUUUGAGCACUGCGGCAAGACAAGGGGGUUUGGCGUGCGAAAUGAACAUAACUCGAGCUCUCUUUCGACUACGGAUUUGGAAACAAAAUGCAGGGAUUCAAUCUGCUCUUUCCAUUUUAAUAAUUGCAACAUUAACGCUGGCUGAUGGAAAGCCCACAAGACUGCUACCGAGACAUGCUCUUGAGAAGUUCUAUCAUGCUAUGCUACGAACAACGAGCACAGUUGACUCAGAACUUAAACAUACCCCAUCUCAAGGCACAGGAAUAAACCAGGAACAAUUUAGAAGGUUUUACAAAAGCCAAUAUUCGACUCUCAGCACGCAGCCACGUGGAAUUACGACAAGAGUACUUAUAUAUUCGGUAGCAAGCAAAGGGUACUUGACAGUAUCGGCUAGGGCUGUAAGCGGGAAAGGAUCACGAUUCUCAAAAUUCGCUGUCGUAAACAUAGAAAGCAUUGGAUUCGGCAAAGUACGAUUACGCGGAGAAGCUUCAAAGAAUUAUGUUUGUUUCGACGACAAGGGAAAGCUCACUGGCAAGCCAUCCGGAGACGACAAAAACUGUAUGUUCAGACAAUUUGCGUUGGCAAAUCAUUACACGGCCUUCCAAUCUUGCACCGAAAAUCCACUUGUUGUCGGGAUCAGACCCAAAGGCACAGUAAAAAAGGGAGCAAGGACUAAAAUUGGACAAAAAGCAGCGAAAUUCAUCAUCGUUAGAUUAUGAACCUUAUUAUAAGACAUCUUUGAUGGCAGUUGGAUACACCCAGAUAGCCUUUAAUAAAAACCCAUGCUCGCUCAAUUCUUGCUUAAUGUUCGCUUACACCAAUACCGUACUUUGAAAAUAAAGAAAACGAUAUGUUCCAAAAACUAAGCUUUUAAAAAAUAAUAGCUAAACCAAGUAAGGUAGUACUUCUAGAUACUUGUGAAUUAUAAGCCAACUGCUUGCAAAGAAUGUUUUUGCUAGAGUAAAAAACACUGGUUUACAUGAAAUCGUCUUUGAAAGCCGAAGCACCAGUAUCCCAAAUGGCCAUAUUAUCUGGAAGAAAUUUGGGGUCAUUGCGUCACAAACUGUACAAUAUAAGGGGACAAUAGCAAGCGUAUGAUUUUAACAAUCAAA